CUCAUAAAUAACUUUGGUGUCAGCAGGACUGGUUUCAACAGUUAGUGUUACACGUUACCACACCUUACGAAACAGUGACACAAAAUACGUCGUCAUGGAUACCACAACAAAUGAAUCUUCAGGUGUGGAGCUGGAGGCACCUGCAGAGAAACCUGAGAAUGAAAUGAUCUUUGUUUUCCUUGGGGUCGUAACAACAACUAUGGUAUUCAUUAUUCUGGGAACACUCUAUGCACGGAAAAAAGACCGCAAGGAGGAAGAAAUAUGUGGUGUCACAGUCAUCCCACAGAGAUCAAUUCACCGCUGUCCACAUUAUUACCUGCUUAUGUUCUACACAGGAGCUGGUCGGCACAGUUCUACUACUGCAAAUGUGUUCUGCCGAAUUUACGGUAACCGCCACAAGACAAAACCUAUCAUCUUACGCGACCCAGACCGCCCAUUGUUUCAACCUUCGUCUACAAGUUCCUUCCUGGUGACAUUAAACAGCUCUUUGGAUCAAAUACGAGAAAUUCAUAUAUGGCAUGACAUUUCGGGUCCCCAUCCUCCGUGGUUCUUAGAGGGUGUCAUAGUUUGCCAUUUGAACACAAAUGUUACAUGGUACUUUGAGGCAAACCGCUGGUUAGAUGUUAGCACAGGCUCUAAGGAAGUUGAAUGCAAGUUGAAGCCUAUACCAAGAAAGGUUCUUCUUGGAUUUAUAACUAUGUUUGAAGGCAAAUUUGACGAUAAUCUAAAGAAAAAGCAUAUUUGGCUCUCUCUACUCUACAAAAGCAAUGGCAAAACGUUUAGCAAAUUCCAGAAAAUGUCGUGCUGCCUGGCAGUGACUGGAAUAUUUAAACUCGUCUCGAUAGCGAUGGUUAAUACAACACAGACAUUAUUUAGUAAUUCAUUCAUCAGAUUAGGACCAUGGAAAUUAAUCCUUGGAGAUGUACAGAGAGCUCUCGUCUGUUGUGGAAUUGCGUUUGUUUAUCGUCUGUUGAUACAGAUUCUUUUCUUAAAUUCACAACAAAACUCUAGAAUGGCGCUUGGAGACAAGAAUGUAGAAGGAUAUAUUCGAGAUAGAUUACAAGAGAUAAAUUCGACUAUAUUUUUAGAUGAGACCAUAAAAGCUGACGAAGAUGAAUGUCCUGAUUCUCAUUCUGAUGUGGGUAACGAAAACACAACCACUUCAGAUGAUAGUACAUGUGGUAUCCACCUGGAAUUUAGCAAUUAUCAAGAACUGCAGAGCGAGACUGGAGUCGAAGAAAAUAUUCAAUUCAAUGACGAAAACUGCCAUUUGGCGUUGGAUCCCUAUGAAAAUCAAUCAGUUGUAGGAUCUUAUGGAAACGUAUUUUCGAACAAAGCUCGUGACCUCGAGGAUUUGGUUGAUAUUCUUGGGCAUUUAUCAGAGGAUGAAGACCUUUUUAGGAUUUUGGAUGAAAACUCGCAUGUUUUUCGGGGCAGAUUGAAUGACGGGUUUGCAAGAGAUCAUGGUUCCUCUGAAGGUUUAGAGGAGGGUUGUUGGAACUCAGUAACAGAAGAAUUUAAGACAUCUGAUACACCUGCUGGAGAUAAAAGUGAAGAAAAUCGACCGGAGUCAGUCACCUGGACUACAUCUUUAACAAAUCCCGAUCAAAUUCCAAAGAUAUGGAUGAGCCUUCCGUUUCCAAAACAUCUCGUCGAUGGCGAAAGCAUUAUGAAACCACAUGGGAGGGCUUCACCGAGAUUGAAAGAACUUUUCAAUAAAUCAAAUCAAAUUCAUUGCUUUGUUGUUCCACUCAUAGCAUUUGUCGUUGCCAUAGCAAUUGGAAUUACAUAGUCAGCCUCACUAACAAAGUCGUGGCUUGUGACAUUUGGAAUUGCGAAGAUUGGCCAAAUUUUUGUCCUAGAGUCAUUAUAUGUAGUCGUGGAAGCUAUUUUUUUUUCAAUUUCGUAUAAACGGCCAGUUAAAGAAGAUUUGGUAAAUGAACUCGAAGGAAAAGUCUGGGUCAAUGAAGAACAAGAGACCACGUAUUAUGCUGAUGAAAUCGAUGAGAAUGAUGGUGAACCAGUUCCCAGCCCCCCAACUCAAGAGGAGAUACAAAAAGCGCAGGAGGACGCUGGGAAGGACAGGGAAUUGGAAGACGUGCUGAAAAUGCUUUGUUUUAACAUUCUGUUUCUAGUGCUUUUAAUUUUCAUUUCCCUUGGAAACAGGGAUUCUUCAUCCUAUCCUGUAAGAGCUGGCCUGGAGCACUCCUUUAACAUCUCUGGGAGCUUCUCACGUGGGGUAAACAACACUAAAAGUUUUUGGAAAUGGCUUGCAAAUUAUACAAUUCCAGUGCUACUGUGCGAGCCUCUUGAGGGAACGCUCAGCAAAGGCAGACGACAUUUCCUUGCCGAUGGGUACAAUUACUUGCUAGGGACUGCAAUUCUUCGACAAAAAAGAAUUAAAGCAGGAGCAAGCUGCCACAUAGCGGGCUCCGUUAAACAUUUCUUUCCAAAGUGUACUCCAGUUUUCUUAAAUGAACGUAAUGAAGACACUAAUAACUAUAGCCAUAAGUGGAACAAAGGAACGAUGUCUCUACUAAACCAAACUUUCACUUCUCCGUGGAAAUACCUCAGUGGGGUAGAAUCUGAGACAGCAUACACGACAUGGGGACGCAGUGGACGUGCGUUCGGCGGUGGUGGGUACAUCGCUUACCUAGGGACUGAACUGACAGUGGCAAUCGAUCUUCUUCACUCACUAGAGGCACAUCAGUGGGUGGAUGACCUAACAAGGGUGGUUUUCUUAGAAUUUUCUGUCUACAACGUAAACGUUAACAUAUUAUCAGCAGUGAUAUUUUCAGUAGAAUUUUCCUCGUUCGGUGGAGCGUUUCCACGUUUUGAUAUGUAUUCAUUUCGCUUGUACCGAUACUUUACGCCGCUCCAGUUCGUUUACCUUGUCAGUGAGAUGAUAUUUGUUGUCUUUGUGGUGCAGCUUAUUUACCGAGUGGGUAGUCUUAUAUACCGAGAUCGCUGGAGUUAUUUCAGAUCCGUGUGGAACUUCACAGAUAUUUUCCUCAUCCUAUUCUCGCUGGUGACUAUCGCUUUAUACGCAUGCCGUGCAAGCCACCUGAACCACGCUAUUGAAGCACUUCGCCAAAAUCCGGACACGUUUUACGGCUUUCUAACAGUAGCUUUUUACGAUGAUUACAUUGCAUACUUCUCAUGUUUGAUCGUCCUUAUCCCCACAAUACAGUUCUUAAAGUUUCUCAAGUUUAACAAGAGCUUCAUGAUAUUUUACAAUACACUGUCCAGGAUUCGAGGAGACAUUUCUGGUUUCGCUUUUGUUUUCUUCGUAAGUAUUAUGUGCUUCACCUAUUGGGCCUACAGUAUGCUCAAGACUGUUGCCGAGAUUUUCAGUACCUUCACUGCAACAUUUCACAGUAUGAUCGCCAUGUUGUUGGGGAAGUUCAGCUUCCGGUUAUUAUCACCCGGUCAGGCUGUUACCAGUGAAGUGGGACCGAUAUUCACCUAUACGUUCACAUGUGUGAACGUUUUCUUUAUCUUGAAUAUCAUUCUAACAAUAAUCACAAUCGGGUUCACGGAGGCUCGAGAAGAGGAACGCUUUCAGCAAAGUGAAUAUGAAAUAGUAACUUUUAUCAUUGACUACCUGAAGGGUAUUUUAGGGCUUCUUCGACCCUACAUACCUCCGCCUCCGCAGAUUCAAACCCCGCCCAGGGAGAAACAUUACACCUAUUUUCAAUGGAAAUUAUGCACACGUUACUUUAUCCGAAGUCAAUGUCCACGUUUGCUGAAAUUUGCCAACAAAAUAUAUUCCGAAGAUUUCGUGGAUGAACUGGAACUGUUGGCAAACCUACUGAGCAUGCCGCAGUCAAGAGAACUUCUGUGUGAAAGAGCUUUCGGGAGGCAAGAAUGUGACCUAGAUUAGGAGACAGAAAGAGGACAGAAGGAGUAGAGAGAGACUGGAAA